AUACGAGUUAGGAAGGAGAAACCUUGGGGCUAGAGAAAGAAAGGGAAACAAAAAGAAAAAGAAGAGGCCUUGGUUCCAAGAUGAAAACUGUCUUUGCUUUCCUUACCCUCUUAUCACUUGUUGUUCUCUUUGCUAGCAGAGAUGUGGCUGCAAGAAAGGACAUUGGAGGAUACUGGAAGAAUGCGAUGGACAGCCAAGCAAUGCCAGAAGCAAUUAAAGGUCGUAUUGAUCAUCCAGAAGCAGCAGGAAAAGGGGUUCAUUUUGCCAAGGAUUUCGAUCCCGAAUCAGCUGGUACAAAAAAUAAAAAGUGGACUGGUAAACCACCCCCUGCUGGAGAUCUCAUUCAUCCACAAGCAGAGAAGUCACCAAUUAGCAAAGCCAAGCCUUAAUAAUAUAUAAGCAUUUUGACUGAGCCGUUGAGGAUCGGAGGAAGUUGUGUCUUCGUCUUUGAUGUUUCUAUUUUCUGUUUUUUAGAUGAAGGAAGUUUAAUUGUGUUAUGUUUUGAUGCUCUCAUCUGUGUGCUGUAAAAUAUUUGAUUUUAUAAAUUAAUGAAGGAUCUGAGUAUCAUGCUUUUCUUGAA